GAUAAGACGAAGCGCGAGGGCAAAUAUUCAGAUACAUACCUAGGUACUGACAAAGUACUGAAGGAGAGAGGUAUAUUAGAUUUUCCCCUACGGUUUCUCUUCUAGAAAACUUCAUAGUACGCCAUGCCCAAACGCCGAAGGUCAAGUACAUCUCAGAAUGACUUACCAAUAACGAAGAAACAUUGCCUCCCACCAAAUGAACGCGACCACAUCUCUCAUCUUUCCUCCGAACUCCUCAUCCGCAUCCUUCAUCAUUUACCAAUUGAGACUCUUUUAUCCUGUCACUCCGUUUCUCAACACUUCUAUACUCUUACUCACGAUUCGCAACUAUGGAAAUCGUUAUAUUAUUCUCGAUUUGUGUUACCGCGCGCAUUGCGCAUUCCGGGUAUCAAGAAUAGAGAGAAAGUGAACAAAGAAAGAGUCGUAGGAGAACCGAGGGAAGAAGGUAGUAGAAACAAAUCUGGGAGUGAAGAAAGGUUUCGGUUUAGUUCGAGAAGGAGUAGAUGGUUGGAUGAGGAAGGGUUGAGAAGUAGAGGUGAUGGGAGAGAAACUAAUUGGAAGAGGCAGUAUAAACUGAGGCAUAAUUGGGCGAGGGGUGCAUGUGAGGUUAAGGAGAUUGAAAUUGCGGAGAGAGGAAAUGUGCCGAAUAUAUUGGUGAGGUUGGCAGGAGGAGUGGUAGUUACGGUUGGUGAGCUGGAGGGUUUGAAGGCCUGGGGUCUUAAAGAGAGGGAAUUGAUUACGACAUGUGGAUUGGACGAGGGAAUACCUACUUGUUUAGCCGUCGAUGAUCAAUAUGGGGAGAAAGGAAGACUAGGGAUUGUGGUGGGAUUUGAAGAUGGAGGUUGGGGAACAUGGGUACUCGAUGUGGAAAAUAAGAUGUUUGUGAAAAAAUACAGGCAUCCACCGAGCAGUAACGGGAUGUUAAGUGCUAUAGCUUACGCACAUCCAUACGUGCUGAGCAUCACGGAAAGGCAGCUCCUUUCGUUUUACACGCUUAGUCCUGUCGGGUCGAUACAAGAGUCUGGAGACGAUGACAAGAGCAUUAGUAUAGAGGAGAAUGUGGAUAGAUCAAUCAGUCCAUAUCUCUUGACAUCUCUCAAAUCACAUUCUUCAUGGCCACCAUUGUCUCUAUCCAUCCGUCUCACGCCAUCCACUAUCAUCGCCUCAAUAGUGUACACUCUUCCGACCUACCUAAGCGGUCACACCAUCUCAAUUCAGGAACUUCACUUCACUCUUUCCUCACUUGAACUCCCAACCCUAACAAACUCCCGCCUGACCUCCUCCUUCCCGCCGGGCUUUCAACCCUUAACUUCCUCUACCCCACGCCCUUCUCUUCCCCGUCCAACAUCUCUUUCUUACGCACACCCUUAUAUCCUGGCCACACAUCCCGAUAAUACACUUUCUCUCUACCUCUGCACUAGUACACACACCUCGCUUACUCUUUCCCCUCCCCAAAAAUUAUUUGGUCAUACAAGCUCAAUUAGUUUCGCAAGUAUUACUAGUAGGGGUAAGGCUGUAAGUGUUAGUGAAAGAGGAGGUGAAUUAAGGGUUUGGGAAUUGGAACCGGGCAUCUUUAGAAAGGGAGAGGGCUCAAGGGUGGAAAGGAGCGUGAGGGUUGGCGAGGGGAAAGAAAGGGUAAGUGGCGAUGAGGGUCGAGAAGGGGAAGGGAGAAACAUGAAUGAUACCGAGAAGAGGAAAAUGAGAGAAGAUCUGGAAAAGAAAAUCUGGGUUGGUUUUGAUGAGGAAAUGGUCAUAGUGCUGAAAUCGAGCGAGGAAGAUUCAGGUUGUGAGUGCGAGAGCAACGAAGAGGAAGCGAGUGGGCAAUUGCUCAAAAAUGCGCAUGGUGAGAAUGGAUUGGUCGCGAGAGAAGUUAAUAGAGAUGGGAUGGGGAAUGGGUGUAUACAACAGCGGCUGGUUAUAUAUGAUUUUACAUAAUGUUGUACAUAUAUACAAGGACGUGAAGGAUCUGGAGUGGAAAUGUGGAAGACAUGCUACUCAUUAAUAUACGUAGAUGUGCCCCUUCUAUAUAUCUCCAUCUAUGGGAAGAGGGAAAGCGUCAUUUUUCUUCCAUCUACACCUCUUGAGAUUUGAAUAUGUUGAGACAAGGCUCUCGCAAGGUAACUCUGCUUAUUUGGUAGACAUUAGGCAAUACUUGGCAGGCAUUAAAACUGAGGCUUCUCAAGGUUCCCAACUAAAGGUUACGCAGAUAGAAGUCUAUCUUCUAUAUUCUUGUCAAGUGGAACAGGCAAUACUACUUCUAUUUGAUCAUCAUGAACGCGUACGGUUGCUAAAUGUACACCUAUUUUGGAUCCA